CGCCGGUCUGUCAAACGCGCAUGUCUCCGUUUCUUUUCAAAACUUUUUGUUUGUGCUCUUAUCGCUCAAAGUCCCGCUAAAAACGCGUCGUUCGUGGAUAGCAGCCCCAAAUUCCCGUCUUUCGCCCCACCUUUUCCACCAUGAACCCGUACACGGAGCACCCCGGCCUGGCGCUGGCCGCUCUGGAAAAAAUAGCGGAAGAGAUCCCUUCGGGCGUCAGCGCUCUCGACAUGGGGGAGGUGGUGACCAAGCUGGGGACGUGUCCCACGGAAAUUCACGAAUCAAUCACUAAGAGCAUCUCCGAGGAGCUCAAGAACAACAUCAGGGUGUUCUGGGAGGCGCAGAACGUGGAGGAGAAGCUGGAGACGAUAAAGGGGCUGGAGCGCCGAGACGACAAUGUUCGGUUGGCGAUGUCGCAAGAAGAGGUGAUGAAUGCAAUCAACGCGAAGUAUUUGAAACUGACCAAAGAGGGGUUACUAGCGCGGAUAAAAAAAACUCAAGAGGAGAACGCGUGUUUGGAGAAGGUGCUAAAGGAGAAGGCGGCGAUGGUCAAAAGGCAAAUGGACGCCGUCAAAAAGUGCGACUUUAUGUUGUAGUUAGAACGAUUUUCUUACUUAUAAAUAAUAUUAAUUUUGGGUUA